GGUCAUUUCUGAUUGAGAUUUGCUAAAAAUUUGGUUUAACGCAUUUAAAUACAAAUAAGCGAAUGUGAAGACCACCAUUAAAAUGCUAACAUUAUUUGAAAACUUGUGAAUCGAUAAUAAACCUUUAAGAACCUAAAGCCGUAUGUGCGAAUGAUCAACUGAAAACCGAAAAGAUCUUCGCAACAAUUCUCCUUAGGGGUAGUUAUAAUUUAGAAUCUAAGAUGUGUAAAUAAAAUAACAAAUAAGAAAUGCCCCCUAAAUCAAUUGCCAAGCAAACAGAACCAAGAAAAAGUAUUUUGGUAAUUCCAAGUCGUAUUGUUAGUAGACCUGACGAACUUGAAGGCGGUGAAGAAACAGAAAUCGCAGCACAAAUCUCCGUUCCUCAAGAAGGUGGCUGGGGAUGGGUGGUUGUAUUCGCCGCUUUUUGGAUAAUGUUCAUUUUAGACGGUGUCUCUUUUACUUUUGGGAGUUUGCUAAGUGAUAUGACUGCAGAUCUUGGUAUGGCUGACUCUUUAGUGGCUUUAAUAAAUUCUGUGGCUGUAGCAUUAUAUUUUAUUGCUGGCCCAUUAGCAUCAGCUUUCAUUAAUCGUUUCGGGUUUAGGGCUUGUGUGAUGUCUGGGUCUGUAAUUUGUGCGUUUUCAUUAUUUUUUUCAUAUUUUUCUACAAAUUAUGCUUCUUUAGUGAUAUUUUAUGGAGUAUGUGCAGGAUUUGGAUAUUGCCUUAUAAACAUGUCUGCUGGAUUAGUGGUAGGUUUUUACUUUGAGAGGCUUCGAUCUUUAGCUAUAGCGCUAGCAACCACAGGUUCAAGUGCGGGAAUAAUGAUUUUGUUUCCAUUAAACAUAUACUUAGUCAGUUUAGCGGGUUGGCGAACAACUACAUUGUUGCAUUCGGGGAUGUUUGGCCUUAUUUACUACUUUGGUAUGACUUUCCGGCCUUUACUUUCUCUUACUGUGGUGAAAACCACUGACGACCCCACUCGCACAGUUACAUAUUUACCAAGCUUAUCAAAGGCAGUAAUUCAACCAACACAAUCGAGCGCAAAAGUAGACGGCCUUAAACCUACUGUAACUGAACGUUUAUUUAGCGCUGUGUCUAAUGCCAAUUUCCCUACUGCAGCAGCAGUAGUUGAAGAAGGUGUUCUCACAUCAUCUAAUCAGCCAGGACCGUCAACUGGCGCAGUAUCUAAACUUACACUGACCGCACACAGUCCUCAAGGCGGUGUUAGUCGUCGACAUUUAAAGCAAGUGCAGUCUAUUAUUUCGAAAACAAGCGUUCAAGAUAAGCAAAAACGAAAUGUUGAACUCACAGUACACGUGGAAGAGGCACCUAAGAAACGUAGUUGUUGGGCACGUCUAUGCCAUUGGGAAGAACACGUUCCACAAUCUCGGCCUUUAUACAGAGAUGACGCAUUUUACAGUGGGAAGGUCGAUAAGUUACCAAUAUACCAAAAAAGUAUGAUGGAUACUACUGGAGAAGGAAAAACAGGUCUCGAAUAUCAGAUGGCUGUAUCUAGAGCAGUAACUGCAGGAGAUUUGCGGGAAAAAAGAGGAGUGUUUACUACAGCCGUUAGAAGAGUUCUUGCCACUAUGAUGGAUCCUAAAUUACUAAAACGUCCCUCAUUUAUGCUACUAUCUGCUAGUGGCUUUUUAACGUAUGUAGGGUUUUUAGUACCAUACGUAUAUUUGAAGGAUCGAAAUUUACAAGCGGGUUUGGCUUCUCAUCAUUGCACACUAUUUAUUACUGUGCUAGGAUUUGCAAAUGCUUGUGGAAGGUUAGCCAUAGGUGCUUUAGCUGUUAAGAUUGAUCCAAUAAAACUAUAUUCAAUUUCUUGUUGUAUUGGGGGUUUAAGUACUAUUGUUUCAGAUAUAACAUAUGAUAUAUAUUAUCAAUAUGGAUACUGUGUAGUGUACGGUUUUUUUGUAGCUAGUCUAGCUUGCCUAAGAAGUAUGGUAAUAGUGUCUUUGUAUGGAUUGGACAAACUCACGAAUGCUACUGGCAUGAUGUUAUUGUUUCAAGGGUUUGGUAGUUUAUUAAGUACACCACUAGCUGGUUUGUUGAAAAAUAACUUCGGUUAUACAGUAUCAUUCUGUGUAGCUGGCGCAUUUAUGGUUGUUGGUGGACUUAUUUUGAUACCAAUCCGAAAAGUUGCAAAUAAGGAAGAUGGAACGGAAAAUGAGGGACCCAAGAUCACGAAAAAUCGAUAAAAAUUUUAGUUAGGCCCGACAUUAAUAUCAUGAUUUAACAGUGAAUAAAUGAAUAAAAAGUAAAAUGUACCCAUCAACUGGGUUUCAUUUAAAACUGCCAUACGCGCUUUUGUAUCGCUGCAAAAAAAGGGCCAGCCCAUUAACCUUUGCAACUUUAACAUAAUAACGAUGUAAGUAGGCAAUAAUGUAUGUUUUGUAAAUAAGUAUACUAAUGUUACAGAAAC